AUGGGCCCAAAAACCCCCCAGACACCCAAGACCCCCGGCAAUGCCAUGUUUUCGAAGGGCAAAUCAGCACCCAAAUCAGCACCCAAAUCAGCAUCCAAAUCAGACUCCACCGACGGCGACAACAGCAGGUUCCAGUGGACUAGGAGCUUGCGUGGGCACGACUCCCGGUUUGCUGAGGCACACCUAGUCGAUUGGAUGCGCGAGCUCGAGAACUGGGAGAACUGGGGCGUCACGAUGGAGGCGCAGAUCAAGCAGGCGAGGGAAGAAGUGAUCCCCUAUCUUGAGGACGCUGGCUUUUCAACUGCUUCCUCGCUGACGCCGAAGAACGUUGUUGCACGGAUCAAAGCAAUCAAGGCAAAGUUUUCUCAAGCCCAAGUCCUGAGCAAACCUCAGAUCACUGGCGAAGGGCUGUCAGACGAGGAUGUCGAGAAUGGUAUGACUGAGUGGAAAGAGCGCGUCCUUGCAAAGUGCGAGUACUACUUCGAACUCGAGCCCACCAUCUCUACGAGCACUGGCGACGUCACCAAAGGUCUACGCACCCAUGAUGUCGCAUCGCGAAAGUCCGACGAUGGGCCAGAGACCGACAACAACCUUGGGGCCGAGCGCAUGUCUGUAUACAAACGCAAGGCGCCGGUGGACGAUGACACCGAUGAGGGGGGAGACUUGCAUUGGCCAGAUGAAGAGGGGCGAGCGAACAAGAAGAAGGGAGGGAGGGGCAGUGGCGGCAGGCGGGAAGCUCGGGAGGCCGUGGACUUCUCAGACGCUUUGGCAACUAUAAGCAAGGAGAACCGUCAGGGGCAGAUGGAGCUGGCGAUGUUUAGGGCGCAGGAGGAGAAGUCAGGGAAGAUGGAGCUCGCAGUCUAUCAAGCUGAGGUGGGACAGCGAGUGGAUGAUGCCAGGAUGGAAAGGGAAGACAGGAGGCUGGAAAUGGAGGCGACAAAGAUGGCAGCUGAGGUUGAAGCAAUGCAGCAGAGGUUGACGAUGGAGCAGGAAGGGAAGAGUCAGGAAAGGGAGGUAGCUGCUCUGAGGUACGCAAAGGAGCUGUACGAACUAUCUGUAACAGUGGGUGAGCCAAUCAGCCUUCCAGAAGCCUUGGCGACGGCCAAGAAGGCUAUGAAGUGUGCCAAGUAG